AAUGAACUGAAAGAAUUCGCCUGGGCAGACUGUUGCCUGAGACUCCACCAUGCAGGCCUUCCUGCAAGAGCCCUGCGGCACAACCAGGUGAAGGCAGAGAAUGCCUGGCUCUUCCACAAGCUUGCCGUAGUGACCAGAGAACGCGAUUUGGCCGUGGAGGAGAAGUACCAGCUCCAAGGCAAGCUGGAGAAUCUAGAACAGGUCCUGAAGCACAUGCGAGAGGCUGCGGAACGGCGGCAGCAGCUGGAGCUGGAGCAUGAGCAAGCCCUGGCCGUCCUCAACGCCAAGCAGCAGGAAAUUGAGCUCCUGCAGAAGGCUCAGGUUGAGGCUAAGAAGGAGCACGAAGGUGCGGUGCAGCUGUUAGAGUCCAAGGUUCGUGAGCUGGAAGAGAAAUGCAGGACCCAGAGUGAACAGUUUAACCUGCUCUCCCGGGAGCUGGACCGGUUCCGGCAGCACGCAGGCAGGAUUGACCUGCUGGGAGGCAGCUUGGUGCCCUUCCUCGAUGUCCCCCUGGCCCCUGGCAAGCCUUUCCCGAAGUUUAUGAAUGGAUUAGCAACCUCUCUGGGCAAAGGUAACUGCAGCCUUCCCUGCGCCUUAGUGCUGGUGGGAAGGUGCCCACAGGGGCCGAGUGGGCCCGGGGACAAACCAGAGCCUCCGUGUAUCAAGCCCACAUUCCUGUCGGCAGCCAGCAGCCCAAGAUGCAGAAUUGAGUCCGAAAUGGAUAAUGAACGGAGCUCCAAUACCUCAAAGCAGAGAUUCUCGGGGAAAGUCCACCUCUGUGUGGCCCGCUACAGCUACAAUCCCUUUGAUGGACCCAAUGAAAACCCAGAAGCAGAGCUGCCCCUCACGGCGGGAAAAUACCUCUAUGUAUAUGGAGACAUGGAUGAAGAUGGCUUCUACGAAGGAGAGCUGCUGGAUGGGCAGAGGGGUUUGGUGCCCUCCAACUUUGUGGACUUCAUCCAGGAUAACGAGUCGCGGUUGGCGAGCACACUGGGAAUCGAGCAGGACCAGAACAUCAUCAACCAUUCUGGCAUGGGUGUGGAGGGUGGGCACAUCCUUGACCUCCAUUCCCCAACUCUUGUGGGCUCGGCCAUCACUGACAAUGGCGGGGGGACACUGGACGUGAGCAUCGAUGACAUCGGAGAGGAUACCGUGCCUUACCCUAGAAAAAUCACCCUCAUCAAGCAGCUCGCCAAAAGUGUCAUCGUGGGCUGGGAGCCCCCUGCUGUGCCACCCGGCUGGGGCACCGUGAGCAGCUACAGCGUCCUGGUGGACAAGGAACCUCGCCUGAGCCUCACCCUAGGCAGCAGAACCAAGGCCCUGAUAGAGAAGCUGAACACGGCUGCCUGCACCUACCGCAUCUCUGUGCAGUGCGUGACCAGCCGUGGCCGCUCGGACGAGCUGCAGUGCACGCUUCUGGUGGGCAAGGAUGUGGUGGUCGCCCCCUCCCAGCUGCGCGUGGACAACAUCACACAGAUCUCCGCCCAGCUCUCCUGGCUGCCCACCAACAGCAACUAUAGCCACGUCAUCUUCCUCGACGAGGAGGAGCUGGACAUCGUCCGGGCGGCCAGGUACAAAUACCAGCUCUUCAACCUCAGGCCUAAUGUGGCCUAUAAGGUGAGGGUCCUGGCCAAGCCCCACCAGAUGCCCUGGCAGCUGCCGCUGGAGCAGAGGGAGAAAAAGGAGGCCUUUGUGGAGUUCUCCACGCUGCCUGCAGGCCCUCCUGCGCCCCCACAGGAUGUGACCAUCCACGCCGGGCCCACAGCGGCCACUGUCCAGGUCUCCUGGAGGCCACCUGCACUGACACCGGCUGGGCUGUCCAAUGGGGCAAACGUCACUGGCUAUGGCGUGUAUGCCAAAGGGCAGAGGGUGGCCGAGGUCAUCUUCCCAAUGGCAGACUGCGCUGCGGUGGAGGUCCUGAGGCUGCGGAGCCUGGAGGCUAGCACUGUGACCGUGCGCACGCUCUCCGCACAGGGCGAGUCCCUGGACUCCUCACCCGCUGCCAUCCCCCCCAACCUCCUGGUGCCUCCAGCCCCCCACCCCAGGACUGUCCCCCCACCAGAGCCAUUAGCAAUUGCCCCCGACACCAAAGAUGAGCAUCUGGGUUCUCACGCCAAGGCCGACGCAUCCUGGGAGGAGAGCCGGGCGCCGGCCCCACCACACAGGCACCUGCUGGAGCCGCCGGGCCUACAGGGCCCUGGCCCUGGGAGGAGGUCACCCUCGCCCAGCCGGAUCCUCCCGCAGCCACAGGGAGCCCCUGUGUCCACCACCAUGGCCAAGGCCAUGGCCCGGGAGGCUGCACAGAGGGUGGCUGAGAGCUGCCGGUUAGAGAAAAGGAGCCUCUUCCUGGACCGGGGGGACCCCGGGCAGGACGCCAACUCGGAUGAGGAGGACGGCUAUGCCUCCCCCGAGGUCAAGCGAAGGGGCACCUCGGUGGACGACUUCCUGAAGGGGUCAGAGCUGGGCAGGCAGCCCCACUGCUGCCAUGGAGAGGAGUACCACACGGAGAGCAGCCGGGGCUCCGACCUCUCGGACAUCAUGGAGGAGGACGAGGAGGAGCUAUACUCAGAGAUGCAGCCUGAGGAUGGAGGCCGGCGGCGGCCCAGUGGCACCUCCCACAAUGCCCUCAAGGAAUGCUAUAAGUCCAGGAGCCUGGAGGGUGUUUUCCUGGAGCAGCCUGAGUUCCCCCAGCACCCACACCGCAGUAAGAGGCUAUUCAGUAUCCCUGAGGUAGCGGAGGAGGAGGUGGAGCACGGGGAGCCGCUGCUUAGGCAGGCCGCCGGGGCCUCCCGAGCCAGGGCCCUGCUGGCCAUGGGGCAGGGGUCCGGCCCACCCUGCUGGGGGCACCCGGCCCCGCAAGGCUCCUGGAUUCCGGCCAAGCACAGGGGCCAGGGGCCUGCCCACAUGGAGGACCUCCUGGAAGACAGAGGCUGCCGGUUCAGCCGCUCAGCCACCAGGAGCCCCGACAGUGGUCUGGACUGUGGCAGCGAGGAAGAUGAGUCCCGGUUUAGUUUCAGGAGCACCGUGGCCAAGUGCAGCCCGGGCCUCGGUCACUGUCCCUGCCGGCGAAGCCCGCGGCCUCUGCUGGCCCGGCGGAGGACGCUGACCCGGCAGAGCAGCAUUGAAGAGGAUUUGGGGGAGCAGGUGGACCCCAGUGAUGUCAUCAGAAGCGAUGACACCCUGCUCAGCCCAGAGAGGCCCUUGCCCAGGAGGUAUGGCUGGGACGAGGCUACUGGCCACGAAGAUUUUCAGGGUGUCUGGAGGAAAAGCCCAGCCAUGCCCGACAGUAGGGCUGCUGACCGCCACACCCAGCCUCCUCCCAGAGUUGCAGACGGCCCUUUGAUUUUAGGAAGCACCGCAUUGGCUGGACGGGCAGACAGAGUGGAUCACGUGGGCCGGAGGGUUUCCCACGGCAGCGCUGGGCCUCACAGGCCUCGGCCGUCAAUGGCCCCACCUCUCGAUGAGUACGCCCCACAAGACCGCCUCUCUCCAGACUUCUAUGAGGAGUCGGAAACCGACCCUGGAGCGGAAGAGCUCCCGGCCCGCAUCUUUGUGGCUCUGUUUGACUAUGACCCGCUCACCAUGUCUCCAAACCCGGAUGCGGCCGAGGAGGAGCUGCCCUUCAAGGAGGGACAGAUCAUCAAGGUGUAUGGGGAUAAAGAUGCGGACGGAUUCUAUCGUGGGGAGACGUGUGCCCGGCUAGGCCUCAUCCCUUGCAACAUGGUAUCUGAGAUCCAGGCGGCUGAUGAGGAGAUGAUGGAGCAGCUGCUGAGACAAGGCUUCCUCCCUCUGAACACGCCCGUGGAGAAAAUCGAAAGAAGCAGACGAAGUGGCCGGCUCCACUCCUCGUCCACACGAAGAAUGGUGGCUCUGUAUGACUACGACCCCAGAGAGAGCUCUCCCAACGUCGAUGUGGAGGCUGAGCUUCCAUUUUGCACUGGAGACAUUAUUACUGUUUUUGGUGAAAUCGAUGAAGAUGGAUUUUAUUAUGGGGAGCUGAAUGGGCAGAAAGGCCUCGUGCCUUCUAACUUCCUGGAAGAAGUGCCUGAUGAUGUGGAGGUGUACCUCUCUGAUGCCCCAUCCCAUUACACCCAAGAUACAGCCAUGCGCUCCAAGGCCAAACGGGUUCCUCCCGAGGGUUCAGGGACAGCAAGGAGAGCUCCACCCCCCACAGCCCACCUCCAUUCGGGGUCACCUACGUCAUCUUUGGGUUCUGGUAGUCCUGGGAGAGGCAGGGAAAUGUCCUCGAGAAGGAGAAAGGGGCUGCUUUCCAAAGGGAAGGAACUGCUGAAACGGCUGGGUGCGGUGAAGUGAAUGUGCGUCCGGACAGCCUCCAAACCUAUGCGAUUUUCUUUAAUUCCAAACUAGGGCUUUCAUGACUCAAGCACUUCCUAAAAAACACUCUCCUUCCCCGACACCACUAGAGAAAUGCACUUUUGCACUACCAUCCUCUAACCACCUGCAAGACCAGAGGGCUUGCCAUCCUCUCCCUCCGCGCCGCCAGGCCCUGUGAGGAGGCGGGAGGGCUGUCUUGCUGACCCGCAGGCUGAGGGCUCUCUGCAGCCCUGGCCUUUGUGCAUUUGUCAUCUGCACUUAGAGGAAGGCUUUCUACCUUCCUCCCUGUUCCAAAUGCUUGCCUCAUUAUGCAUUAACUUCACUUUGGUCUUGAAAUUCCUAGUUUAAUUUGCCUUGAUGUUCUGCCUUAUAGAUGCACAAUGAUUUGUACUGUCUAAUAAAAUGCUGUGUGUACUUUGUAUGUGUUGUGCAUUCCUGGUCUGCAACCUCACUGACACAGGGGUUUGACAUCAGGUUGCCAGGCUGUGCAUUUUAAGAUGAGGGUCUUAGUCUUUCAAAGCAAGCCAGGCAAUACACAGAAAAUGUUUACGUAUUCAA